AUGUUCAAGUUGAAAAACCUCGUAAAUCAAAAAGGCGCAGCCCAUAUUUCUGACAAAACAACAGAGACAAAAUCAGCUCUUCAGAUUAUGUCUCUUUCACGACUUCAAAAGGACUUUUCUGAAUAUGAAGAUGUCGAAGGGUGUGUCUUCGACCAAGUGGACCCCAAGAACUUUUACAACUACAAAUUGACCAUUUCCCCAACAGAAAAACUCUACAAAGGUGCAUCAUUUGACUUCUCAGUAGAGUGUCCUGAGGACUUCCCCAAUCAUCCACCCAAGGUGAUGUGCUUAACCCCAAUAUAUCAUCCCAACAUUGACUUAGAUGGUCACGUUUGUCUUUCCACACUACGUCUCGACAAAGAUUGGUCUCCUCUAGUGACGCUCAAUCAUGUAGUUUAUGGGUUGUAUUCUCUAUUUUUAGAACCCAAUCCGAAUGAUCCACUCAACGAACAAGCCGGUGAGUUGAUGAAGAGAGACUACAAUGGCUUUGUUGAGCAACUCAACAAGACUCUCAAAGGUGGUGAGUUCUUUGGAAAGGAGUUUCCUACAAACUUAAAAGAGUGA